AGUUAGACAUAAUCUUGGUCGUGUCCAACAGAAGUUAACCGACCCUGAAGAAUUUCGCGAUACGCGCGCAAAUCUCAGGACCACACAAAGCCAAGAAUGGCGCCAGUUAAUUGCUUCGCUUGGUAAUUUUUGGACUUCUAUCAGCAGGACAUCACAAAACAGGAAGUGAUUCCAAUCAGAGGCCAGUCAAGAUGUUUCUUGUUGUGUAAUUAUGUGUGUUUUACUCUGGUAUGUGAGUGACUGUAAAACGAAUAACAGAGUAAAUUGGCAUACUGAUGGAGCUUUGGUGCAAUUUAGUUUUGCCUGAAGCAAUGACAAUGCUAUCUAUUUGAGUAAUCCUGUAAUUAUUUCGAGGUAAUCAUAUAUUUUGGACCACAUAAUAUUCCACAGCACACAUUUUCUUUUUAAGGCACUUGAGGGGUUGUCUUCAGAUCCACGGCUGUAACAAUUAUAGGGGCAUCCCAAAAUCUGACAUAAAUAGUUUGUGACCUUCAUAAAUUCCGGUCAGGCCCUAAACACUUCUUUAGAAAAGGUCAAACUAAUGUUUGUUUUUCAUUGGCACACACAUGCUUGACUCAAAGGGAUCAAUAAAGCAGCAAAGGGAAACGCUUGAUACAAACCAUUUAAAAUUAAAGCGAUUCAUUCAGAAUAUGCAAAUGCAGAGCUUUAUGAUGCGUCGGUGGUCUCCUUGACAUUUUUGUCCCCCACUAUGUUUUGUCUGGGAAAAGAAGCGGGAGGUCUUCCUUGGUUGUCCAUCUUCUGGCGAGGCCACUACCGCCAUCUUAAAUCGGAAAUCAACAGCAACGAGAUUUCACAUCGUAGUUAUGGUUUCCCUCAAAGGGCCACUAUGACGGGGAACUAGACUUAAAUCAAAUUGAGGAAUAAGUAGUUUUGAAAUUAGAAGCCAGUAAAAAAAACAAAAACAAAAAAAGCUAUUUUUCUAUUUGUUUUAAAAGGCUGGCUAGGUAACAAAGAAAUGCUUGUGAUAUCUAAAUGUUAUUAAAAGUGAAGACAAUCUGCAAUUUAGGUAUUUUAGCAAGAGACGAAGUCGACGCACAUGAUUUGCUUUCGCGGACCACAUAAAAUGAUGUGGCGGGCUGGGUCUGGACCCCCGGGCCACAAGUUUGACAAUUUGAAAAAAAAGUCCUUGAAAUUUCUGUAAAGUUAAGAAAAUUAUCAUUUUUGUUCCAAAAAUUUCUGCCAUAAUCAAAAGAACUCAUCCAUUUCACAAUAAAUAUGAAGAACACACUUUUGUUUGCUCUCGUGUGCCCAAAAAUAUAGUGUGGCGGGCCAGAUCGGGCCCCCAGGCCCUGAGUUUGACACGUGUGCUUUAGAGAGUUCACUCAACCUAACGUGCAUGUUUUUGAGAAAUAUGCAAACGUUCCCGAUUUGGAGGACAAUUUAGGCACCAACGUUUUUGUCAAUAUAUUUCUUUUUGUUUUCCCAAGCAGUAAUAACCCAUCAUAGGAUUUGUUUGAUUUGUGCAGCUCAUCCAAUUAUUAUUAUUAUUUUUUAUCUUUUUAUGAGAUCUGAGAUAACUUUCAACUUUUGGGUGGAAUUCAGCAGACUUUAAUUAGCUCGACUCAACACAAUUUACAGCUUUUGCUCCCCCUCUUGCGCUCCAGGCAGAGGUGGAACCUGACUUCCCAGUUCAGCCCACUUUCUGGAGAUGUAUUGCCCUCCCUCCACUCUUACCCAAUCACACACACAUUCGGACAGUUCAAAUACUGUCUUUCUAAAUAGUCAACUUGGGAGGCGCAAGUGUCCACAAGAUUCCUUCUCUCACGCAGCAGUGGCUGCAGACACUGGGACAUGUUCACAAAUUGCACGGGACAUGCUUGAAAAAGGGGGUUCAGCGGUAGAUGGCGCUAUUGCUGCCCUGCUCUGCACUUCUCUCCUGAACCCUCAGAGUUUGGGACUUGGGGGUGGAUCCAUAUUCACAGUGGCGGACAGCACCGGCAAAGUACAAAUCAUCAACUCCAGAGAGCGUGUCCCUGGGAAGUAUAAUGCGGACACGUUGAAGUCGUGUCCCAAUCCCCCUCGCUUCAUGACAGUCUCUCCCCAUCCAGGUAGCUUGUGGAUUGGAAUCCCAGGAGAACUCCGUGGUUAUGAACAAGCACACAGGCAUUAUGGCAAGUUGCCAUGGGCAACCCUCUUUCAGCCAAGCAUCCUGCUGGCCAGACAGGGGUUUCCUAUUCCAGAAAUCCUUGGUCAAUACCUGCCUUACAGUGAUACCAAUGAGUCUCAGUCACUGCGUGAGCUGUUCUCAGAUAAAAAUGGAAACCUGCUGCAAACGGGAGAUAUUGUGAAAUUUGAGACACUCGCCGACACAUUGGAGACGAUUGCAAAUUUCGGAGCAGAUGCUUUCUACACUGGAAAAAUAGCAGAGGAUUUAAUCCGAGACAUACGGGAGGCAGGAGGGUCACUGACAUUGCAGGACUUGGCAUCUUACACAGCAACUGUGAGCGAUGCAUGGAGCAUUCCACUGGGAGAAUAUCAGAUGUACACCGCACCACCCCCUGGGGGUGGCUACAUCCUUAGCCUCGUCCUCAACAUCAUGAAAGGAUAUGACCUGAAUCCAGGAUCCCUGAAAGGUGAACAAAAAGCAUUGUUUUAUCAUCGCUAUGUUGAAGCUCUCAAGUUUGCUAACGGAUUAAAGAAAUUGGAGUUCAGUUCAGAACUGACAAAGAAAUUCACAGAGGACGGCUUCGCCGAUCACAUCCGCAGUUUAAUCAGCGACGAAAUGUCACAUGAGCCGCAGUAUUACAAUAUGACACCAUAUCUGGACAGUAUGGGCACCACACAUGUCUCGGUGCUGGCCCAGGACGGAUCUGCUGUGUCUGUCACCAGCAGCAUCAACCACAUAUUUGGCUCCAGAGUCUUAUCUCCAAGCACCGGAGUUAUCCUCAACAGUCAUCUGUGUGACUUCUGUGGAAGAGUUGAUAGCUUAUUCGCAGGGGAGCAGCCUCCUUCAUCCAUGUCUCCUACUGUGCUCAAGUCUAAGUCAAAGGUCCUGGUGAUUGGAUCAACUGGUAGCAGUAUGAUCACCACUGGAAUGGCGUCGGCAAUCAUGAACCACCUUUGGUUUGGAAAAAACCUGAAGGAGGCAAUUGCCACUCCAGUUGUUUUUGUCGAUUAUCAAAAUGCACUGACGUUUGAAGCCAACUUUGACAAGGAUGUAAUCGAGGAUCUGAAAGCUCUGGGACACACUCACAAACCUGCCGAGAAGUUGUUCAAUGUGGUCAACGCUGUAGAGAAGGAGGAUGGAUGUAUCACUGCAGUGUCUGAUGCAAGGAAACUGGGUAAAGCAGCUGGUUACUGAUGCUAUGCAUCAGGGAACAUGAGAACACCAAUAUUUGUGGAGCUAAAUUAAUGCAACAGCUAACGUUGAAUGGAACCUUCUGGUGUGUAACACAAAAAUCAAAACCGAUUCAGAAUAUAUAGUACUUGUAUCUUAAAGGUCCCAUGCCAUCAAAGAAAAAAAAAAAGAAGAACAAAUAUCCAUCCAUCGAUCAAUUUUCUUUACAGCUUAUCCUCACUAGGGUCGCGGGCUGCUGGAGUCCAUCCCAGCUAUCUUCGGGCGAGAGGCGGGGUACACCAUGAACUGGUCGCCAGCCAGUCGCAGGGCACAUAGAAACAAACGAUCUUGUUCUUUCGGUCACGACCCACAGCUCGUGACCAUAGUGAGGCGUAGGAACGUAGAUUGAUCGGUAAAUUGAGAGCUUCGCCUUUCGGCUUAGCUCCUUCUUUACCACAACGGACCGAUACAAAGUCUGCAUCACUGCAGGCGCUGCACCGAUCCGCCUGUCAUUCUCCCGUUCCAUUCUUCCGUCACUCACGAACAAGACCCCAAGAUACUUGAACUCCUCCACUUGGGGCAGGAUCUCAUCCCCGACCUGGAGAGGGCACGCCGCCCUUUUCCGACCGUGAACCAUAUUCUCAGAUUUGGAGGUGCUGAUUCUCAUCCCAGCCGCUUCACACUCUGCUGCGAACCACUCUGGUCAGAGUUGGAGAUCACGGCUUGAUGAAGCCAACAGAACCGCAUCAUCUGCAAAAAGCAGAGCUGCAAUACUGAGGCCACCAAACCGGACCCCCUCUACGCCUCGGCUGUGCCUAGAAAUUCUGUCUAUAAAGGUAAUGAACAGAAUCGGUGACAAAGGGCAGCCUUGGCGGAGUCCAACCCUCACCGGAAACGAGUCCGAUUUACUGCCGGCAAUGCGAACCAAACUCUGACACCGGUCGUACAGGGACCGAACAGCCCGUAUCAGGGGGUUUAGCACCCCAUACUCCCGAAACACCCCCCACAGGACUCCCCUAGGGACACGGUCAAGCGCCUUCUUCAAGUCCACAAAACAUGUCUAGACUGGUUGGGCGAACUCCCAUGCACCCUCAAGUACCCUGCCGAGGGUGUAGAGCUGGUCCACUGUUCCACGGCCAGGACGAAAACCACACUGCUCGUCCUGAAUCUGGGAUUCGACUUCCCGACGGACCCUCCUCUCUAGCACCCCUGAAAUAGCAACUAAUCUACAUCACAAAUACACAGAAAUCUGUAAUCCUUUUACCGUUUAUCUGCUAUUGCAUUCAAUAGACAUCCUGCAUAGAUGUCAUACUUAAACCAGGUUACAGACUCAGUGAAAAGAAAAAAUUGAUUUUGAUGGCAUGGGACUGUGAAAAAUAGGAAUCAAAUAAUUUGUAGGGGAAUUUUGCCUCUCUUCUUACAACUGAAUGUUUGGCUCAACAAACAUUCAGUUGUGUGCAAGGCUAAAGGUCAGAUAUUACAAUUCUACAACAGACAUUUAUCCUUAGACUUUUAUUUAUAUGGCCAUUUGUCACAUAUGCACCCAAAAUAUAAUAUUUGCAACUUCAAAGGUGUCUGGGAGCAAAGCUAUUUUGUUAUGAGCCAAAGUCAUGUCAUAAGCCUCUAUUUUGAUGAGUUAUUAAUUGUAUCAAUGUAUCUUGAAGGGGAAGGAUUCAGUCUUACACUAAUGUUAAUCGAUAAAGACACACUUCAGCAUCUGAGUCACAACAGAGUGAUCGACAGAUUUGCCAGCCUGAAAAACAGACAGCAUUCUACCCACCAAGUAGCUGGUUAUAGCAGCAGUUAAUUUGAUUUUGAUUACAUUAUUAACUCGUCCAAGAGAAAUUAUUCUCUGGAAUUUUUUUGCUUGGCUGACUCUGUGCCAGCACAGUGACUUUUUUUGCAUACAGCUUUUCAUACACGGUAGCAAUGUGUUACAUAGCUUUUCUUUUUUUGCAGUUAAUGCUGUAAACAUACUUCCUGUGUUUGUGUACUGUAUUAAAAACAGACUGAAAUAACUACAGCUCUUAAAAGUGACUUUGAACGUUUACUCUGUAUUGUAUUGUUUUAGAAUCUGUCCAAAAACAUUAAAAAACAAUUUGAGUCUU